AUGGAAGUAGUGCAGAAUCUACUAUCGAAGUUGAAAUCUUUGAGAGUUCUAUCUUUUCGUGGUAUUUAUAAGAUUGAGUUCCCUGAUUCAAUUGGUGAAUUGAAACAUCUUUGCUAUUUAGAUUUUUCCAAGACUGAGAUUGUGAUUUUGCCCGAAUUUGUAACUAAAUUGUACAAUUUGGAGACACUGAAGUUAGAAGAUUGUAAUCAUCUUCAAACUUUGCCUAGAGAUAUGCAUCAUCUUAUUAAUUUGAGACAUCUUAUUAUCAGUGGAAAAAAACUAGUUGAGAUGCCAAGUCAAAUAAGUAAAUUGACAAAUCUCCAAAUUUUGACAACUUUUGUGGCGGGGAAGGAUAGUGGCGCUAAAAUAGAAGAAUUGGCAAAACUUCAUAGUCUGCAUGGAGAGCUUUCCAUUAAGAAGUUAGAAAAUGUGGCAAAUAUUACAAAAGAAUUAGAUCAAGUUGGUGUACUGGGUAAGAAUCAUCUUGAGAAAUUGAGGUUGGAAUGGAGUGUUAAUGAUGCUGUUGUUGAUCCAAAACAUGGAGAGGGUGUGCUUGAAAUGCUUUCACCUAACAGAACGUUGAAGGAGCUCGAGAUUAUUUACUAUCCAGGCAAAAUAUUUCCAAAGUGGGUUGGGAAUGAUUCCUUUAGCAACAUUGCUGAAGUAACUCUUAAUGGGUGUAAGCAUUGCUCCUAUUUGCCACCCUUUGGGCAACUUCCUUUGCUAAAAGAUCUUUCCAUCUCAAGUUGCAAUUCGAUAGUGACGGUGGGUGCUGAGUUUUACGGGAAUAGUUCUGAGAGAAAGCCAUUUUUAUCAUUGGAAACAUUAAGGUUCAGCAACAUGUCAUCAUGGGAGAAAUGGCAUUGA